CUGGGCACUGAUGGUGUCUCCACGUGGCUUUCUUGCAGGCAACCCUGGCCCUGUGGCUGAUGGUCCAGGAGCCCCAGUGCCAAGAUGCACUGUUCGUUUAUGCCCCUCGUCUCCUCCUCGCUCUGCUCUGCCAAGUUUCAAUGAGCACUGAGCAGAUGUCACAGGAGGUCAGCACCUUCUGGAGGGGAUGCCAGGAGCUACACGGCCUUCCCACCCACCCCAACAGCUUUGUGGUGCAGACCAUCCGGGCCCUGCUCUGCCGGCUGCAGUGGGACCAGGAGCUGGUGUCAGUGGAGCGCAAGCGUGGCUGGGACGCGCUCCUCUCUGCUGACACCCACCACUACGCGGUGGGGCUGCUGGCCAGGGAGAUGCGCCACGUGUUGGUCCCCUCCUAUGGCCCGUUGGCAAGGCACCUGCUGGGGCUGCUCAGCAGGGAGGGGCCCCGCUGGGAGCUGCCUGCCCUGGCCUUCCUUGUCGAGGUCCUCGACUGUCUGGACGUGAGCGCAGGUGAUGACAGUGUCCUGCAGAUCCUGGCAAGGCACCUGCAGAGCCAGUGCCCAGAGAGGCGGCGCCUGGCUCUGCGAGGGCUCCUGGUGCUCAGCAGGGAUCCCUCCAUGGUCAAAAGCAUCUGCAGCCUGUCUGAGCCCCUCCUGGAGCUGCUGCGUGAUGGUGAUGGAGAGCUGGUCAGGAUGACCCUCUCCGUGUUCCUGAAUGUGCUCCAGGAUGGAGACAACACUGACGGGUUCAGCUCCACUGCCCCGAGGCUGGUUGAGGCGCUCCGGCCAGUCUUUGACAACGACAACAGCCACGUGCAGCUGCUCUCCAUUCGCCUCUUCCGAGAGGUGAUGGAGGUGCUGGCGGAAGAGGGAACAGAGCCCUGGGAGAUGCAGGUGCGCCAGAGCCUGGUCCCACUGUUCUUCCGCUGGCACGACGAGAACCAGCGCGUGGCAGAGGCCGCUCGGGAAGCACUGCUCUGGGCUACAAGCUUCCUCAAGAGGAAGGACCUGGAGCAGCUGCUGAAGACAGAGCAGCCCUUCAGAUUCUGUGACUGCCUGAUGGAAAAGGACAGGAGUCGAAGGGGCGAGCACCUGCAGCAGGCCCUGCCCUACCUGCAGAGCCCACAGGAGCCCCUGCGAGAGGCGGCCGUCAGGUUCAUGGGGCUCGCCGGCUGGCACAUGAGGGAGUGGCAGCAAGACCUGUGGCCCAUCCUCAAGGGCCUUACAGCCAUGAGCGAGGACGACUGCCCCUCCGUCUCCAACAUAAGAACUCAACUCGUGGACACUUACAGCCGUGCCAGGAGACGACCAAUGUCCCUGCAACAGCCCCGCAACAGCCCAGGGACCACUUCUCAGCGCGGCUGCACCUGCAGCUGAUGUUGGACCCAACUGAGCCAGCCCGCAAGGCCAGGCAGCUCCUGGCCUCUGCAGCCCCAGGGGCGGCUGCCUCCUUCCAUUCCCUUCUCCUGACCCCACUUCAUCCUUCCCCUUGCCCUGAUGUUAAUAAACCCUGCCUUUCUCCCCUUA